CCGAGAAGGGCUGGAACCCGGCUUGGGGCGGGAGUGAGGGGCGCCGCAGUCGAGGGCAGGUCCGAGGAGCUUCCAGGCGACGAGGGGACCGGGCGGAGAGGCAGAAGGUGGCGGCCGAAAGAAGAAAUGAUGUAAACCAUUCACUAUCCAGACUUUAAGGUCAAGGUGAGAAGGAAGGUCAGGAGGAACAUGGCCUGGCCAAAUAUUUUUCAAAGAGGAACUUUGCUCUCCCAGUUCAGCCAUCAUCAUGUGGUAGUAUUCCUGCUCACCUUCUUCAGUUACUCGUUGCUCCACGCGUCAAGAAAAACAUUUAGCAAUGUCAAAGUCAGUAUCUCUAAGCAGUGGACCCCAAGUGCUUUUAACAAGUCAAUUGAACUGCCUGUAGAGAUCUGGAGCAGCAACCAUCUGUUUCCCAGUGCAGAGGAAGCCACUCUUUUUCUCGGAACACUUGACACCAUCUUCCUCUUCUCCUAUGCUGUGGGCCUUUUCAUCAGUGGUAUCAUUGGGGAUCGGCUUAAUUUGCGAUGGGUUCUGUCUUUUGGCAUGUGCUCCUCUGCAUUAGUGGUGUUUGCCUUUGGCACUCUCACAGAAUGGCUGCAUUUCUACAACAAGGGGCUGUACUGCAGCCUGUGGAUCGUGAAUGGCCUGCUGCAGUCCACUGGUUGGCCCUGCGUCGUUGCUGUUAUGGGCAACUGGUUUGGGAAAGCUGGACGAGGAGUUGUUUUUGGUCUCUGGAGUGCCUGUGCCUCAGUGGGCAAUAUUUUGGGAGCAUGUCUAGCUUCUUCCGUUCUGCAGUAUGGUUAUGAGUAUGCCUUUCUGGUGACGGCGGCUGUGCAGUUUGCUGGUGGGAUCAUCAUCUUCUUUGGACUCUUGGUAUCACCGGAAGAAAUUGGUCUCCCAGGUAUUGAGGCCGAAGAAAAUUUUGAAGAAGACUCGCACAGGCCAUUAAUUAGUGGUGCUGAAAAUGAAGAUGAAGCUGAGCCUAAUUAUUCAAUCCAAGAAGACAAGACUAUUACCCAAGUCAAGGCGAUAAGCUUUUACCAGGCUUGUUGCCUUCCCGGAGUUAUAGCGUAUUCACUGGCCUAUGCCUGCUUGAAGUUAGUGAAUUACUCCUUCUUCUUCUGGUUGCCCUUUUAUCUGAGUAAUAACUUCGGAUGGAAGGAGGCUGAAGCCGACAAGCUGUCCAUUUGGUACGAUGUUGGAGGAAUUAUAGGUGGAACUCUGCAAGGCUUCAUCUCUGAUGUGCUACAGAAGAGAGCCCCGGUGUUAGCUCUCAGUCUGCUUCUGGCCGUCGGGUCCCUCGUUGGAUAUAGUCGUUCUCCAAAUGAUAAGUCCAUCAAUGCACUUUUGAUGGCUGUCACAGGAUUUUUUAUUGGUGGACCUUCUAAUAUGAUUAGCUCUGCUAUUUCUGCGGACCUGGGUCGUCAGGAGCUGAUCCAAGGGAGCAGUGAGGCUUUGGCAACCGUCACAGGAAUAGUUGAUGGAACCGGGAGCAUUGGAGCUGCAGUGGGCCAGUAUUUAGUGUCUUUGAUCCAGGACAACCUAGGGUGGAUGUGGGUUUUCUACUUUUUCAUUCUUAUGACAAGUUGCACAAUUUUAUUUAUUUCACCAUUAAUAGUGAGGGAAAUAUGCUGUCUUAUGCAAAGACGACAAGCUCGCAUAUUGAGUGGGUGACCGGUGCCCACAGAAGAACAAGAAUAAUAGACACAUCAGGACUAUUUCUUUUCAUUCACCUUAUUUUGGGGUUGUCUUAAGAGCUCUAGCAUAACCUCAGAUUGUCAAGCCUCUUUCAACAGUGUCAGCCACCGGAGAUGCUGACCAGAGUGAAGGCUGGGCUGUUUUUCUACACUACAGGAAUUAUUGUUAAUGAUUUUUAUUGCUGUUGUUUCAUGAAUGUACUGAAUGGCCUAUGAAUCUGCCAGCGUCUUUGUUGGCCUGUGGAGGUUUAUCCCUUUAACCGUAAAUGCUGUAUCGGACUUGGACCCAAGUUCUCCAGCCUGGAAAGCCGAGUGACCACAAGGCAGUCAGGCAUGGUUUGUGUCAGUGACGUGCUCCACGAAUAGAAAGGAUCGUUGCAUUUUGCUUUGGUCAUGAGUUUGCAGAGCGUGCCUCGUCUCUGAAGCAUCAAAUCCGGAUAAAGCACUCUAGCUGGGUCCAGCAUAAGCCUGCCUUGGGCAGAGAAUCCCUUUGUUAACCACGGUGGGAAAAAUCACACUACGUGCUGAUCGGCUCAGUCACUCUGUAUCUGCUCUAAAGUCGUUCAGCUCCAGAAGCAGAAAUAUCUUCAAGUGAUUGUCAACUUGUUCUCCUCUGUCUUCAUUCAGAAUUCCCUUUGACUUCUGGAAGUCUUUAGUCUUCCUUUCAAGGACCAUAAGGUACCUCAAUUGUGAACAUGCCAGUGUGUAAUUUACAACUGAAGUACUCAACCCCAGAUUUGUUCUCUGGGAACUUUAGGAUCCACUAGGAAGCUAAUCUGCUUAGCCCUAUUUUCAGAGGAUUGAUCUCUGUCGCAACUGGGUUCCUUGCAUUACCUCAGCAGAAGACUAGAAUUAGAGAAAAAAGAAAGACCUUUUGGCCCUGUAAGUGUUAAGUAUGUGACCUUGAAUCACAUUAAUGGAUUACUAGGGCCUGAGGCGUAUCUAGGUAUCUAUUCUUUAGAAGUUUGUACAAUAUGUCUUCAAGGCUGUGAAUUCUAUACUAAUUAUCAAUAUUUUAAGGUCAUACUGUAUAUAUAUUUUAAAUUAUGGAAGUUAACAGGUGAAAAAUGUGCAAUUUUGAGGGCUGCCUAAUUUGCAUUGGGUUAGGGAAUAUUUUUCAACCUCUUGCUUUAUACUCUCAAAUGUGGUGCGUUUAUGAACUUGUUAAUGUUAUUUAAUCAAGCAGAUUUCCAAUCAGUUAAUUGCUCAUUACUGACAAAAAGGGAAAAUAUGAAACACAGAAAGGGAAAAUAAACUGACUUUUAUAAUAAAUAUCUGUCCACCUAUUUAUUUAUACUGUGAGCUGCGCGCUGUAGAAUGUGACUCAUGCCUUGCAAUUUCCUGCUACUGAGUGUUCCCUGGUGACCAUUCACUGAUCCUACGGUGUUGCCAGAUUGUACAGGUCUAUUUCUACUACAUUCUGUGAAAGCCUUCCC